UGCGCACUACAGCACGCUGCGCGGCGUGCGAAGUAAAUCAACAACAACACCGUGGAAGAGGAGCGUGGAGAUGCGGCAGUGAGAGCAGUUCGUUGCAAAGUGGCAACGUUGUCCGGGUGUGACAUUCGGUUGUUCUGAUUUCUCCUGAUGUUAUAGCGGUAGAUGGUGCCGACCCCAUGAACCUGGCCAGUCAGAGCGGGGAGGCCGGCUGCAGCCAGCUGCUCUUCGCAAACUUCAACCAGGACAACACGUCCUUAGCAGUCGGCACCAAGUGUGGCUACAAAUUUUUCUCCUUAUCUGCAGUCGAUAAGUUGGAGCAGAUAUACGAAUGCACUGACACUGAAGAUGUUUGCAUCGUGGAAAGACUGUUCUCCAGCAGCCUUGUUGCUAUAGUUAGCCUUAAAGCACCCAGGAAGCUGAAAGUGUGUCAUUUUAAAAAAGGAACAGAGAUCUGCAACUACAGUUACUCCAACACUAUUCUGGCUGUGAAGCUCAACAGACAGAGAUUGAUAGUAUGUCUGGAGGAGUCCCUUUAUAUCCACAACAUCAGAGAUAUGAAAGUGUUGCACACCAUUCGGGAGACCCCUCCCAAUCCUUCAGGGCUUUGCGCACUGUCAAUUAGUAAUGAAAAUUGCUAUUUGGCGUACCCAGGGAGUGCCACGAUAGGAGAGGUUCAAGUUUUUGACACAGUCAAUCUGCGGGCCGCUAACAUGAUCCCAGCCCACGACAGUCCCUUAGCAGCGCUGGCCUUUGACUCGAGUGGCACGAAACUGGCCACGGCCUCUGAGAAGGGUACAGUGAUUCGAGUGUUCUCGAUCCCAGAGGGUCAGAAACUCUUUGAAUUCAGGAGAGGAGUGAAAAGAUGUGUCAGCAUCUGUUCGCUUGCUUUCAGUAUGGAAGGGCUGUUUCUGUCUGCCUCCAGCAACACUGAGACUGUUCAUAUCUUCAAACUAGAGACGCAGAAAGAAAAGCCUCAGGAGGAGCCUACCACCUGGACAGGCUAUUUUGGAAAAGUGCUCAUGGCUUCUACAAGUUACUUACCUGCCCAGGUCACAGAAAUGUUCAACCAGGGAAGAGCCUUUGCUACAGUCAGACUGCCCUUUUCAGGGCACAAAAAUAUCUGUGCACUCGCCAUAAUCCAGAAAAUCCCUCGCCUUCUGGUGGCUGCUGCCGACGGCUACCUUUACAUGUACAACCUGGACCCGCAGGAGGGUGGAGAGUGCACACUGAUGAAGCAGCACAAAUUGGAUGGCAGCGCAGAGCCGCCCAAUGAAAUACUGGAGGCCACAAAUCAUGACCGCCCCCUAGUGGCACAGACCUACAGUGCUGCAUUAACCAAAGGUUACUCUGAGGACCAGGGUGCCAUUGGCGGCCCCGGCAUGGAGGAUGACAUGAGUUCCCUACGCCUUGAUGAGGAGAAUGAGCAACCCCCUAUGAUCCUGCAGACUGACUGAGUGACAGUCUAUCGUCAAGCUGGAGAAAGCAGACAACUGUGAGGUCACACAUGGGUAGAGCCCCUGCGGUGCUGCUAUACAGUUGUAACCAAUCAAGAGUAUGAAGGACAAGGAGUUUUAAAACGAGCCUAUCUAUAGCGUAAUCCUGUCUAUACUGUGAGCUUUUUUUUUUUUUUCCUCCUUCUGUGACUUUUAAAUUUUGAAAACCCAUGCUUAGCUGUACUGUUUUCCAGUUAAAAAAUUCAAAUGGAGCUGCUCGCAGCAGUCUGUAAAUCUCUUAGCUUUGCAUGUACCUGUGCCAAGUAUAGCACUGCUAGUACUUUUCUUUGCAUAAGUAGAUGGUUCCAACAUGUACGGUGGACCUUUCGGUGAUGUUCGGGUUUUAUUGUUAUGUACAUUUUACAAGAAGGAAAAUGAACAAGUAAAGGCCAACAUGUGCCUAAGACACAAACAGAGAAUGUCCUGUCCACGUUAUUUCAGGUACACGAGUUGGGGGUGUCAGGGGUUGUCACCCAUAAAGAACUGAGAGAGUGGCAUCAAUGGGAGCAGAUGUCCUGCUGCUGAGUUCCUGAGAAGGUUCUAGUUGAUGAGCUGCAUCCAUGGAGGCCUCAGAGGCCCAGCGAAACCCAUUGAAUGCUGCCGUCUUCGUUUUGCAAAACCAAGUCCACGGUUGUCGGAUGGGUGGCAUCGCACUGCUGUACAGCUUUAGAUUUUUUUUUUUUUUUCUUGUGUGUGUGUGUGUGUGUGUGUGUGUGUGUGUGUGAGAGAGAUCUUUUUUUGGCAUGUUUAAUUUCAUGCCUGAAAACUACAACGAAAUCAUAUGCAAUAUUUCUUAAUAUGACCCUUCUCCCCCACUCUUUUGUGGUUAAUGUGUUGUGAAGAGAAGCUGUUUAUAAAGCGUUUCUAAAACUUAGCCAGAUUUAAAUCUGCCAUCUUAAAAUGUUAAUCAUGUACAAUCUUGAAAUUCAUCAGAACUGAUUCAAGGUAGUUGUUUGCUUGACUGUGUUCAUAAUUAGCCUCAUUUAGUUAAUGUUCUGUAGUUACCAUAAAACUAUUUAUUUUGACUUCUGUUAGUGAACUCGCUGUAUUACAGGAAAUUCUAGCUAAAUCAACUCAAAAGGAAUCUGACCAUGUAUUUUAUGCAGACCUUUUAUGUUCUGCCCAUGAACUUAAUGUUUUGAUUAUUUCCAUAAUGUUACCAUUAAUGUGUGGAGAAAGAUUAUCGGUCCAAUUUUCCUCAUCUGUACAAUGACAGUUACUGUAUAGUUGCGAUCAGGGCCGUUGACGUUGAGUAAGAAAGAAGAUUGCACUGAAUAGCAAGCAGGGACUGUGAGAAUUUCUGGGACCUCGCUCUUCUAAAAGGAUUAAAUUUUACACUUUCAGUGUAGAAACUAAAUAGAAGAGAUGGUGAAGAGUGGAACAUUGGAAGAUGAACAUACUGAGAGAUGCUUAUCCUUCUGCAUCAUAGUCGGAGGUUCAGCUCUAAGUACUGUACUUAUAAAUUUAGGCCUUUCCUGUUCCGCCUCUAAAUGUCGACAGUGACCUAAAUAGCUAUUUGCAGCAGUGUCUUUCCAGUGGUAUGUUUUUUUUUUAAUGACUCAUUUAAAAAGGUUUAAACAGUAGAUUAACAAAUACACUGUGCAAUGGCUUCAUGUGAGAUUAACCGGCGUGACCUGUUCUCCAUGUCCUCGGUAAUAAUUGCCUGACAUUGCUGUCACUUUGUCUUGCUUUUGACGCUGGAUCAACAAGUCGUGGGAGUCUAAGAUCUUUAGGUAGACGAAGGUUUUCGGUCCUUUGAUGUGGACAGCAGCCGCUGGACCUCGCAGGUUACACAGCAUGAUGGCACAACAGUAGCGUAGCUUUGUUAUGGGACUCUGCUCUUGAGGCUUCCCUCACCGUGGUUUUUUUUUUUUUUUUUGUACGAGUGGGGUGUUCCAUUGAGUUAGGGAGUAAUGUGAGGUUCUGCUGAGUAUUUCAUUUCUUUUUGUAUGUUGAAUAUAUGAAGAGUAAGGAAUGUACUGUUGCCUUGUACAAUAUGAAACAAAUUUCUCCUGUCAUCAGAUGGAUGUACAUUUUCAGUGCAUAGUUUUUUUUUUUUUUUUUUUUUUUCUCCUUCCUUCCCAAGCAGCCAAUGGACCUCCGAUAUUACUGACCUAAUCCAGUUUUUUUUUUUUUUUUUAAUAGAUGUAUAUUCCAGACAAAGACUGACAUACACAAAGAAAUAUGGAAAUAAACACAUUCAUGUAUGCAAAAGGUCUGGAUUUUAUUCCGCUUGAGUUUAAGGUAAUUUUCAAACUGUAAAAUGACUUGUCGAAGCUCAGUCUGGUAAUAUUUCCACGUUAUCUUUGGUACUCAUGACCAUUGUGAAAUGUUUUGUUCUGAAAGAGAACCCUGGUGGCUGUUUCAUUUUUCUCAGUCGCAUUAGGAAAAACGUC